AUGUGGAAAUCAUAUUUUGCAUGUAUUUCCUUUAGCUUAAGCUCUUCGAUUGAAACUUCAGAGGCGAUACCACGGGAGCAAAUGAAACAGCUAUUUUACGCAAAUGCCGUCCCACUCAUUGGUUUUGGAUUUCUUGACAAUGCUCUCAUGAUUGUUGCUGGCGAAUAUUUAGAUCAGACAUUAGGAGCUCUACUGGCAAUAUCAACAAUGGCUGCUGCGGGUUUGGGACAUAUUUUUGCGGAUCUAGCUGGAAUGGGUCUUGCCCAUUAUAUUGAAUGUUUAGCGGUUAAAACGGGGAUAAAACAGCCAUUUCUUACUCCGGCUCAGCGCGAAUCCCCAGCUGCUAGAAGAAUCGUGAAUAUCGGAAGAGCCACUGGCCUAGUCAUUGGAUGCAUCAUAGGGAUGUUGCCAUUAAUUUACUAUGAUAACCCGAAAGCAAAGUGUCCUCAAAAAAAUAAGAGUUUCUAA